AUGGAGUUCGCUUCUAAAGAAUCAGCUGCACGAGAAGAACAAGAGGCUCGCAGUCUUACGACGGCACUGGCGCUGGCACUGAAAGCAAGAAGCUCCAUGGACACCAACAGGAGUACUGCUUGGGGGUAUCUGGAGCUGGACACCGCUACCAAGCAUGACACAAACCAACAGCUGAAGGAUGAAGACUUACUUGAGGCUCUGUGGAGGAGCUGGGGCGAUGAACUGGGCUUCAUGAACAAGACACCUGUGUAUCUGGAUAAUUUGGACGCUCUGAAGAAGCACCAGAUCCAUGCUGUUCACGCUCGCUCUCUACUUGUUCUCGACUUUGGCGAUGAGCUUCACUCCUGA